ACGACAUUUGUCUUGAGUGACGUUUUUUCUGGCUGUUGCUGGUGUUAGUGAUUUUUAAUACUGGCGCAAGAAACUGAUGGUGUGCCAGGUUGCAUACGGAAGAAAAUAAGUUGAAACCUCCGUUUGAAUAUAGUCGAAUUUUCAACUUUUAUCUUAAAUUAAGCUCUAGUUAGCUCAUCGUAAGGAUUUAAAACAGUUAAUUCCCUCCACGACAAGAGAUGAUGCACUGUGACUAGCUACACAGCUAACGUUAGCAUACUUGCUUUCUUGGCCGUUUAUGCAGUGCUUGCUAACCAGAUAGCUGUGUUUCAAGCUGAUGUUAACAGGCUGCAGAAAGCAAUGCAAAUUAUCCUUGGACCGAAUUUCUUUUAAGUUGAACAUAUUGCGUAUGAUGCCUUCAUAAACUACAAAAGGGAGCUCCAUGCUGAUUUCAGAAGACCAAGAUGAGGGGAGAGAAGCCUGGGCUCACCCCUUGUAAAGACGCCUGUCACAUGGACGCGUAGCCAAAUCAGGCCAUUUCCUCCUCUGUCGGCUUAAUCUGCCUCUCACGGCGGACUAGACCAGACAGAAAGAGAGAGAGCGAGAGAGAGAGAAGAGGGAUCGGAAGUGACAGACAGAGACAAACGCGCAGAGGGACGAGAGAGUGGCUAUUAUUGGAGCUCUGGAGGCACGGCCAGGAGCUCUCAGCAUAGGUCCAGCGGUGCGGAGCGUCUUCUCAGCAUAGGUCCAGCUGUGCGGAGCGGCUUCGGGCAGACAGGGCACUCCCGCCGCCCCCCCGUGGCCCCACACACACCCCUCAGCGGCCCUGGGCGACCAUGUCUGCGGGGGAGCCGGACGCCGAUCCCCCCCGCUUCUUUGUCGGCGCUGAUGAGGGAGAGGGCGACGAGCUCCUGGACCCGGGCCGGGUGCUGGGCUACGACUGUCUGUACGAGAACGUGGAGGAAGAGGAGGAGGACGAUGACGAAGAGUACGACUCUCCCCCAGAGAGGCAGAUCGUGGUGGGCAUCUGUGCCAUGGCCAAGAAGUCCAAAUCCAAGCCCAUGAAGGAGAUCCUGGAGCGCCUGUGCCUCUUCAAGUACAUCACCGUGGUGACCUUUGAGGAGGAGGUCAUCCUCAACGAGCCCGAGGAGAACUGGCCCCACUGCGACUGCCUCAUCUCCUUCCACUCCAAAGGUUUCCCCCUGGAUAAAGCAGUGGCCUACGAGAAACUCAAGAACCCGUUUGUCAUCAAUGACCUGGACCUGCAGUACUGUAUCCAGGACAGGAGAGAAGUGUACCGGAUCUUGAAGGCAGAGGGAAUCCAACUUCCACGUUUUGCAGUUCUAAACCGGGACCCCGCUCAACCAGAAGAGUGUAACCUGGUGGAGGGAGAGGACCAUGUGGAAGUGAAUGGAGAGGUGUUUCAGAAGCCGUUCGUGGAGAAGCCUGUCAGUGCUGAGGACCAUAAUGUGUACAUCUACUACCCCACAUCAGCGGGAGGAGGCAGCCAGAGACUCUUCCGGAAGAUUGGCAGCAGAAGCAGCGUCUACUCUCCAGAGAGCAACGUGAGGAAAACUGGAUCCUACAUCUACGAGGAGUUCAUGCCAACAGACGGCACCGACGUCAAGGUGUACACGGUGGGCCCAGACUAUGCCCAUGCUGAGGCCCGUAAGUCGCCCGCCCUGGACGGGAAGGUGGAGCGGGACAGCGAGGGGAAGGAGGUCCGGUAUCCCGUCAUCCUCAACGCCCGAGAGAAACUCAUCGCCUGGAAAGUCUGUCUCGCCUUCAAGCAAACUGUGUGCGGCUUUGACCUGCUGCGUGCCAAUGGACAAUCAUACGUCUGUGAUGUGAAUGGCUUCAGCUUCGUGAAGAAUUCCAUGAAGUACUACGAUGACUGUGCAAAAAUACUGGGGAACAUCAUCAUGCGAGAGCUCGCGCCCCAGUUCCAGAUCCCCUGGUCCAUACCUCUGGAAGCCGAAGAUAUCCCCAUUGUCCCCACGACCUCAGGAACCAUGAUGGAGCUUAGGUGUGUCAUUGCCGUGAUUCGCCAUGGCGACAGGACUCCCAAACAGAAAAUGAAAAUGGAGGUCAGACAUCAAAGAUUUUUUGACCUCUUUGAAAAAUGUGAAGGCUACAAAAGUGGCAAGCUCAAAUUAAAGAAACCCAAACAGCUACAGGAGGUACUGGACAUCGCCCGGCAGCUAUUGGUCGAACUGGGACAGAACACCGACAAUGAGAUUGAAGAGAGCAAAGCCAAACUGGAACAGCUGAAAACCGUCCUCGAGAUGUAUGGACAUUUCUCCGGCAUCAACCGAAAGGUCCAAUUAACAUAUCUUCCCCACGGCUGCCCAAAGACCUCCAGUGAAGAAGAAGAAGACGUGCAAAGGGCCGACCCCUCCCUGCUGCUGGUGCUAAAGUGGGGGGGUGAGCUGACCCCCGCCGGCAGGGUCCAGGCGGAGGAGCUGGGGCGGGCCUUCAGGUGCAUGUACCCCGGGGGGCAAGGUGACUACGCGGGCUUCCCCGGCUGCGGGCUGUUGCGCCUGCACAGCACCUACAGACACGACCUGAAGAUCUACGCGUCGGACGAGGGCCGGGUCCAGAUGACCGCCGCAGCCUUCGCUAAGGGUCUGUUGGCACUGGAGGGCGAGCUGACCCCCAUCCUGGUGCAGAUGGUGAAGAGCGCCAACAUGAACGGCCUGCUGGACAGCGACAGCGACUCCCUGAGCAGCUGCCAGCAGCGGGUGAAAGCACGGCUGCACGAGAUCCUGCAGAAGGACCGAGACUUCACCGCAGAGGACUACGAGAAGCUUGCGCCGACCGGCAGUACAUCCUUGGUGAAGUCCAUGCAACUGAUCAAGAACCCAGUGAAGACCUGUGACAAGGUGUACACCCUCAUCCAGAGUCUCACGCAGCAGAUCCGACACAGGAUGGAGGAGACUGCCAGCGACAUCCAGCUGUAUCACAGCGAGACGCUGGACCUGAUGCUGCGGCGCUGGUCCAAGCUGGAGAAGGACUUCCAGAUGAAGAACGGCCGCUACAACAUCAGCAAGAUCCCCGACAUCUACGACUGCAUCAAAUACGACGUGCAGCACAACAGCUCCCUCAAGCUGGACAACACCAUGGAGAUCUAUCGCCUGUCCAAAGCGCUGGCAGACAUAGUCAUACCACAGGAGUAUGGUAUGGCCCAAGCGGAAAAGCUCGACAUUGCCAAAGGUUACUGCACCCCUCUCCUUCGCAAGAUCCGCACCGACCUCCAAAGAACCCAAGACGACGACACGGUCAACAAGCUUCACCCAGUGUAUUCCAGCGGAGUGAUGUCACCGGAGCGUCAUGUGCGGACACGACUGUACUUCACCAGCGAGAGCCACGUGCACUCACUGCUGUCUAUCCUCCGCUACGGAGUGCUCUGUGAUGAGACCAAGGACGAUCAGUGGAAGCGGGCCAUGGACUACCUCAAGGUCGUUAGCGAGCUCAACUACAUGACCCAGAUUGUUAUCAUGCUCUAUGAGGACCCUAACAAGGACCCUUCAUCAGAGGAGCGCUUUCACGUGGAGCUGCACUUCAGCCCCGGGGCCAAGGGCUGUGAGGAGGACAAGAACCUGCCGGCAGGCUUUGGCUACAGACCAGCCUCGAGGGAGAACGACGGAUCCAAGAAGAAGUCCCAGAACGACAGCGACGAGGAGUCGGGCCCGGCCAAGCGGGACGAACCGGACCGAGCGCCCAUGAUGAUCCGGCCCAUGGUCUCUGACCCCAUCUACAUCCACAGGAAGUCCCCCUUGCCCCGGUCCAGAAAGAUCGGUUCAGUGGAAGAAGAGAGCCCCCUGAGUGUGUCUAGCCCAGACUCAUUUGGUACCUGGAUACACUACACCUGUGGUGUUGGUACAGGGGGGCGGCGAAGACGCAGAUCAGGGGACCAAAUCACUUCCUCCCCCGUCUCCCCCAAAUCACUGGCUUUCACAUCCAGUAUUUUUGGCUCAUGGCAACAGCGGGAGGGAUUCGGGGGGGAUCGGAGGCCCUGGUGGAUAGGUGUCCCCCCUGGUCCGCAGGUGCUAGCAGAGAACAACAGCCACCCCAGGCCGGGAAGGCUGCAUUCUGAGCACAAACUGACUACGGGCAUAGCAGGGUCGCAUUGCGCUGGCCUGUUUAGCACCAUGGUGCUCGGCGGCUCGUCCAGCGCACCUAACCUGCAAGACUAUGCGCGCGCACACCGUAAAAAGCUGACCUCGUCUGGCUUCUUAGAUGAGGCCACGCGUGGUUCUGCAGUAAAAAGAUUUUCUAUCUCAUUUGCUCGACAUCCAACCAAUGGGUUCGAGCUGUACUCGAUGGUGCCCUCUAUCUGCCCACUGGAGACCCUGCACAACUCGCUCUCCCUGAAGCAAGUGGACGACUUCCUAGCAAAAGUCGCUCAGUCUCAUGAAUCCCUUUUGGACAUCUCGGCGUGUUCCCCAGCUGGCGCAGGGAAGAAGGCCCCACUGAAUACUUACACUCCAGCAAAGAUUUUACCAUGUCCAUUCACCAGGUCAUUAGCGAAGCAGGCCUGUGAAAGGGCGGCUUCAGUGAGUGAGUGCACCUCAAGCCCACUGGCCACAUCCAGCCUGGCUGACCUUAGAGGGACACACAAGGCAUCAAAGGAGUGCUCUCCCCUUUGCACGUCAACCCCCGGCAAAACUGAGCCUGCAAGAAUUAGCCAAAACCAGCACGGCCCCAGGGCCACCCAUGUUCCUGCGCAGCCUGCAGCCUGUCCAAAAGCAGCCACAGACUCCCCGCCAAAUCCCCGGGAGGAUGGAGAACUGAAGGCAGCUAAAUCGAGCUUUGGACGCAGUGGUGGGACCAUACAAGAGACUUCCUCCCACGAGAGCUCAGGAGACCAGGAGACAAAGAGAAGAGUCAUUGAUAGUACUGUCUCCAGUGUUGAGGUACACACCGAGUCGGUGGUACCCAGCUCCCCAAAAGAUCAAGGUCCAUCUCAGACCUGAAGCAAGGGUCCAUAAACAAAUCAACUAGUCUUGGUUUGCGACUUGAGUUGUUACACAAACUGAAUGUGCCAUAAAGGUGCGAACCCUCCUGAAAGUUCUUUCCCUGUAAGAAUCCCAAUGUAAUAAUAUUCAGUGUAUAAAAGGUUACACAUAUCACUUGAACUUUUAAGCUAAGCACAUUUUAAGAGGUUACAGAUACUCAGUACAAAGAUGCCAUAUUGAGUUUGACAGAACGUAGCUGUAUUGUGGAACAGACACGAAAAGCCAUGGUUUUCAUGGGAGGCUAGUUCAUAUCCUUGUGUUGCUGUGUUCCUGUCUAGCUUUUUUGUAUAUUUGAAUGUACUGUAAAAGCAGAGAAAAAGUGUAAGAAAGAACAGUCUUUUGUCAGGAAUGGUCACGGUCUUGGACGAUGCUACAGCCGAUGCUACAGCUACUUUCCUUGUGGAAAAUUCCGGAACGAAGCUAAAUAAAAUGGAUGAGGUUCCUCAUUCAGUUAUCACAUUAUUUUUUUGGUCCAAAGUGUAAAAGGACGGUUUAAAGAGUCAGUUAAAAUGUACUCGCACAUGUGCACACACACACACACACACACACAAAAUCUCACACACACACCUAAAAUGUUUUUGACAUGUUUUAGCCAUACUGAUGAUCUUGCACUUGCACUAUCUGAACCAUUGAACUGGAAGUGAGAUAAAGACUGCCUUACUGAAUGUGACGAUUGUCCUUUAACAUCAUGCUUUAUUCCAUUGCAACCAAAAAUAAAUGUUGUGUAUAUAAUGGAAAUAAACUUUGGUGGAAGUCCCUUUUCGGGGGUCUUCGGGUCAAGA